GUGUGUGUGUGUGUGUGUGUGUGUGUGUGUGACGGAGGGUUGGACUUAACAUUUCCACCUUAAACCCUUUGACGUCCACAAACCGGAUCAUUGUGUGUGUUGUGUAUCAUCUGUUCACACAGAGCUCUGGACAUGGCGGGUGUUUUGUGGACUUUGAUGUUUUUCAUUUUCUCCUCGCACUUAGUAGACUCCUACCCAGGCGGAAAAUGUGGCACUCCGACACUGUAUUCGGGGAAAUUGCUGGAAGAGAAAUAUUCACGGAGGCGUGUGUAUAAUUCCGGAGAAAGGGUGCAGUAUAAAUGUGAGCUCGGCUACACGCACGACAGAGGGUCACGUUCCUCCGUCUGUAACAACGGCGUGUGGAGUCUCCUGGAGCUCAGGUGUAAAAAGAAACUCUGCGGUUCUGCCGGUGAGAUACUGAACGGACAAUUCAGACAGACCGGGAACGUCUUCGGAGACAUAGCUGAGGCGGAGUGCAAUCCGGGCUAUGUUCUACAAGGAGAGCCCAUUAGGGAAUGCCGGGUUAACGGAUGGACUGGAACGAUUCCUACAUGUGUUGCCGGUGUCACUCCAGCCAUAGAAUGUUCACCAACCAUGAGAAGUAAAAAUGCCGUGUAUCACGCUACAAAAGCCACAUAUCAACCUGGAGAGACCUUAGUCUACUCCUGCCAUGUUGGAUUCCGGUCGACUAGCGAUAGCAACGUUCUGCAGUGCGACAGAACCGGAAAGUGGAAGCCCGGUCAUGCAAACUGUCAAAAGAUCAAAUGUGAGAGAUUUACCAUACCCAAUGGUAAAGUAAAGUUUGGUCAUCUAACCUUUAACGUCAAAGUAAACAUAAGCUGCAAGAACGGGUUCCACCUCCAAGGGCCGAGCGUCGUCACCUGUGGAGCGGAAGGCUCCUGGACUCCAGCUCUACCCACCUGUGAACAAGCGAUGCCCAAACAGCUCACAUGCCCGCCCCCAGCCGUGCCCAACAGCAUCAGACAAGACAGAUACAAGAUGGAAUAUGUAGUCGGAGAACACGCUACCGUUUCCUGUCAGCUAGGCUUCGGGCUGAUCGGCUCAUCACGGGUCAUGUGUGGCGCCGACGGCCAAUGGCAGGAAAUCCCAGAAUGUCGUUUCGUUGGAGUUAACACUGGGAGAUGCCAGCUUCCUCCAUACCUCGCUAACGCUCAUACCGAACACGUUGAGCCGAAUAUAUCCGUGCGCUUCAAAUGUAAUCCAGGCUACCGCAUGGUUCGAGGGCCAAGCACCGUAUACUGCAGAAACGGCCGGUGGACCGACUUAAACAUGUUAUGUGAAAGGAAAAAGUGCGGCUCGGCCGGGGAAGUAAAGAACGGACUUUAUCAGUACACAGGCUCUUUGUUCGGAGACACUGUUACAGUCAGGUGUAACAAAGGGUACCAACUGGUCGGUGCGGGGGUAAGAAACUGCACAGAAAACGGAUGGAACGGCAGAGAGCCAGUGUGUGAGGCGAUCCAGUGCCCUUAUCCUGACACGGUACCAGACGCAGACUUAAUUUUUGCCACAAGUGGAAUAGUGCAACACGGCUACGUGGCGUCCUACAGAUGUCGCAUUGGCACGUUGAUCGGAGAAUCGGACAUUUACUGCACCGAAGAUGGCACAUGGAGUGCUCCGGCUCCUCGGUGUGAAGUUGCUACCUGCUCCGCUCCCAGUGUGAGGAACGGGUUGAUAGUUUCCGGAGUGAGACCUCGAUACCACUCUGGGAGCUCAGUGACGUUCAUGUGCAACCCCGGGAAAAAAUUACUAGGCCCUGAUAUCAUCACGUGUAGGAGAGAUGGACAGUGGUUUCCCAGACUCCCUAUCUGUUCUGACAUCCUUUACUGACGGACCGAACCGCUCGGCGGAGAAACGUAACGCAUCAGCUUUCCUCUGUGUUCUGUGACGCGCUGCUUCGAAGCGUAUCGACAUCCCGUUAAAUCUAGUAUUCGACACGAUCGUUCGAAUGUUAUAGUUAAACUGUUGUCUCGCUUUCAUUUAUUACUGUUAUUUAAUAAUAAUAUAUUACUAAAUAUAUUCAGUUCUGUGUUCAUUCGUGAGAUCAAUUGUUUCUUUAAGAUAUUAUAUUUUCAUAUUUUUUUUUAAUGCCUAUUUUUUAAAAAGUAAAACACACAGAUGUAAAAAAAUAAAAAAAUAAAUAAAAAAUAAAAAUACACAUUUUAACUUCAGAUUUGUCCCAAACUACAGAACACAGCAUCCUUAUGUUUACGUAUUCUGAGAUUUCUAUAGUAACCAGUAAGCAGCAGAUUUUUUCCUGCACAUAAGUAACAUAAGCGUCUGAAUUCUGUCACUUUUUUCAUUUUAAUCCAAACGACAUCGUUUUAACGUGUUUACAUAAUAAGUUGUAUUUGUGUCUUAUUCUUUUUCUUCUUUUUUAUUAUUAAAAAGAUCCUAAUAUUUUUUUUAACUAUAACAUUCAAUAAAUUUCUGUAACUCCCCUUAAAA